AUGGCUACUGAGCAGUCGAUUUUGGCAGUGAUACGGGCGGCGCGGCCUCAAUUCCGCACCGCCUUUGAUAAGGCAGCGUACACCGUCCACUCGUCCUUUGUUGCCACCGGAUACGUCCUCCACGCCACCGGUCCUCCUGCUUUCAUCGACGACGCUCUUUCCGUAUCCUGCGAAGAUGAAGUUGGGAUGGAUGGUUGGAACGAUGUCGAACAUAAGUAUGCCUCCGUAUACUCGAAGGGUUCAAAAAAGGUGCUCGUGAAGUGCCUUGUGAUGAAUGAUAAAUUGAUCGUUGAUGUUCUCAAGGAAGGAGGCUCCGAGCCUCUGCAUGUUGAAUUGGAUGCUGGUGAAUAUGUCCAAGAGGAUGCCGGGAGCAAUUAUGGUUCGCAGUUCAAGAAUCUGUGGAAGCUAGUGGAGAAUAUUAACAAGGAAGUUUUAAACAAACUGGAUGCUGCAUCUAGAAAUCCACCAAGAUCUGGAGGAGGGUUACAUCCAGACUUGGAGCACUUCCAUAAUGGCUCGGAUACGGUCAACGGAUGGAGAGUCUACAGCCGAGGAAAUAGAGGAGUAGUUUGGCCGGAAAUUUAA